UACAGAUACAAGGGCAAAUAUAUCACAGAGCAGGUUCACUGUUACCAGUGUCAGAUAGCGACAACAAAUUCCUGCAAAUUUAUUUUAUGGGCAAUUCACCACAAGAAAUUGAUCUGCGUUGUGCACAUAACAAUUUAGUAAAGAGGUCUAUUGUAGAACAAUUACAAACUUUAUUUCAUCAACACAAUCAAUUGAUUAUAUUGUUUAAAACUGCCCUGGAUCUGAUGCCAUCCGAUAAUCACAAAAUUGUAAUCAGAGCUGAUAAAACACCUGCAGGUCAACAUACAAGACGUUUUAAUGCACCAACUAUUGAUGAAGUUGCUAUCGUUGUAGUUGGAGAAAACUUGGAAUCCCGUGAUAUUGUUUUACAUCGUCGGAAUGAUCAAUUACAACGUAUAAAGGAAACACACCGCUCAUAUGAUGCACUGCAAUAUCCUAUUAUAUUUUGGCAAGGUGAAGAUGGCUACGAUUUCUCAAUAAAAAUGAUAAAUCCCAUUACAGGUAACUAAAAUAUUAGUUUAGCUAUGGCGAUAAUAUCUCAGUCAUUAUAUUAUGUAUAUUUUAAUUUUAUAUUUGAAUGUUAUUAAAACAAAAUAUAUUUACAGGUUCUGAAACCAACAAAAAAGUCGGUUCAAUGAACUAUUAUUCAUACCGCCUAAUGAUUCGGGAAAAUGAAGAAAAUCACAUAUUGAAAUGUCGGCGAUUAUAUCACAAAUAUGUUGUUGACAUGUAUGUUAAAAUUGAAACGGAGAGAUUAACAUUCAUCAGGUUGAAUCAAACCAAACUCCGAUCUGAAGAGUAUAUUCACCUUCGAGAUGCGAUUAAUACUGAUGGAAAUGCACAGAAUGUCGGUCGGAUGACUAUUCUUCCAGCAACAUACAUCGGAAGCCCUCGGCAUAUGCACGAAUAUGCUCAAGAUGCCAUGUCGUAUGUUCGUCAUUAUGGUACAGCAGAUUUGUUCAUCACAUUUACAUGCAAUCCGCAAUGGAUAGAAAUCAAGCAGGAGUUAUUCCCUGGGCAAUCACCCAUUGAUCGUCAUGAUAUUACAGCCAGAGUCUUUAGACAAAAAUUGAAAUCUUUAAUGGAUUUCAUCGUAAAACAUAAUGUGUUUGGUGAGACACGCUGCUGGAUGUAUUCUGUGGAGUGGCAGAAACGAGGAUUGCCACAUGCACACAUUUUGAUUUGGUUGGUUGAAAAGAUAAGGCCAAAUGAAGUUGAUGCAGUGAUAUCAGCUGAAAUCCCUAAUGUACAAGUAGAUCCUGGAUUGCAUGAGGUAGUUAUCAAAAACAUGAUACAUGGUCCCUGUGGAACUCUUAAUCAAAAUUCACCGUGUAUGAUGGAUGGUAAAUGUUCAAAACGAUAUCCACGGACAUUAAUAUCGGAAACAAUUACUGGUAAUGACGGUUAUCCAUUGUAUCGUCGCAGAUCGACAGCAGACAAUGGAAAAUCAACAAUUGUCAUAUUAAAUCAACAAGAUAUUGAAAUAGAUAAUCGUUGGAUUGUUCCAUAUUCACCCAUUUUAUCAAAGACAUUCAAAGCACACAUCAACGUUGAAUCUUGCCAUUCAGUGAAAUCUAUUAAAUACAUUUGCAAAUAUGUAACCAAAGGGAGUGAUAUGGCUGUGAUUGGAAUUGGUGCAGAGAAUUCCAAUGAUGAAGUUACCCAAUACCAAAUGGGCCGCUAUGUCAGUAGUAAUGAAGCAGUUUGGCGAAUAUUUUCUUUUCCUAUUCAUGAGAGACACCCUUCUGUUGUUCACUUAGCUGUGCAUUUAGAAAAUGGACAAAGAGUGUAUUUUACAGCACAGAACGCAGUACAAAGAGCUGCUCAGCCACCAUCUACUACAUUAACCAGUUUUUUUGAGACAUGCCAAAACGAUGAUUUCGCACAAACAUUGCUAUAUUCUGAAAUGCCAAAAUAUUAUACCUGGAAUCAAUCCUCAAGGAGAUUUAUACGACGGAAACAAGGAAAACCAGUUCCAGGAUAUACAGAUGUAUAUUCCACCGAUGCGAUUGGCCGGAUUUAUUCAGUACAUCCAAGCAAUGAUGAAUGUUUUUAUUUACGACUGCUAUUAGUCAAUGUACGUGGCCCAACAUCAUUCCAACAGUUACGAACUGUUGAUGGUGAAUUGUGUGGAUCCUACAGAGAAGCCUGUCAACGUUUGCAAUUGCUUGAAAAUGACGCUCAUUGGGAUCAAACUCUCAAUGAUGCUGUAAUAUCAUCACACGCUCAUCAAAUACGAACAUUGUUUUCUAUAAUCAUAUCUACAUGCUUCCCAUCAAACCCAAUUGAUUUGUGGAUCAAGUACAAAGAUUAUAUGUGUGAUGAUAUUUUGUAUCAAAUACGGAAUAGAAUGGGAAAUCCAAAUAUACAAAUCAGUGAAGAAAUUUACAAUGAAGCAUUGAUUUCAAUUGAGGACAUGUGCUUGAUAAUGUCAAACAAACUAUUAAUUCAAUUAGGCCUGACCGCGCCCAAUCGUCCAAUGCAUGACGCUUUUAACCAAGAGUUGCAUCGAGAAAAACUGUAUGAUUUCAACGCUUUGAAAGAAUUAAUUCAAACAAAUCUUCCACUGUUAAAUGAACAACAGAAGUAUGUAUUUGAAACUCUUAUGAAAGUAACAAAUGAUGAAACUGGAGGGAUUUACUUCUUAGAUGCACCUGGUGGUACAGGAAAAACUUUUUUGAUUUCAUUAAUAUUAGCAACAAUUCGCUCACAAAAUAAAAUUGCACUUGCACUCGCUUCGUCGGGAAUCGCAGCAACUUUGCUUGAAGGUGGUCGAACAGCCCAUUCAGCACUAAAAUUGCCAUUAAAUAUGCAAAGCAAUGAAACUCCAACCUGCAACGUUUCGAAGAACUCUGCAAUGGCAAAGGUUUUGCAGCAAUGUAAAUUGAUUGUUUGGGAUGAAUGCACGAUGGCACAUAAAAAAUCUUUGGAGGCUUUAGACACAACCUUAAAAGAUCUACGGAGCAAUAAUAACCGAUUUGGUGGUGCAAUGAUUUUAUUAGCAGGAGAUUUUCGUCAAACAUUGCCAGUGAUUCCACGAUCAACGCCAGCUGAUGAACUCAAUGCAUGUCUAAAGUCCUCCAAUUUGUGGAAACAUGUCAGAGUACUUCAUUUAAGCAAGAAUAUGCGUGUUGAGUUGCAAAAUGACCAAUCUGGAAACAUAUUCUCUAAACAACUCAUUGACAUUGGUAAUGGCAAAUUUCAUAUAGACAUGUUGACUGGCUGCAUUAACUUUCCUCAAAGUUUUUGUCAGUUAACUCGAUCAAAAGAUGAACUUAUUCAGAAGGUGUUUCCAGAUGUUUCUCAAAAUUACAGAAACCAUGAUUGGUUGAGCGAACGAGCUAUACUGGCUGCAAAAAACAUAGAUGUAAAUGAAUUAAAUUUCAAAAUUCAAGAACAAAUUACAGGCGAAUUGAGGAUAUAUAAAUCAGUUGAUUCGGCUACUAAUCAAGAUGAUGUAGUCAACUAUCCACCGGAAUUUUUAAACUCGCUGGAUUUGCCAGGAUUGCCACCUCACAAUCUUCAAUUAAAGGUUGGAUCGGUGGUUAUAAUGUUGCGAAAUAUCAACCAACCGCGUCUUUGCAACGGUACACGGUUAGCGAUAAAAAAUUUACUAAACAAUGUGAUAGAAGCAACUAUACUCAAAGGAAAGUAUAAAGGAGAGGAUGUUCUCAUACCGCGCAUCCCAAUGAUUCCGACUGAUGUGCCAUUUGAGUUUAAACGACUACAGUUUCCAGUGCGGCUUGCUUUUGCUAUGACUAUAAACAAGUCCCAGGGGCAAUCAUUAAGUGUUUGUGGUAUUAAUCUAGAAAACCCAUGUUUCUCACAUGGUCAAUUGUAUGUUGCCUGUUCCCGUGUUGGAAAACCAUCAGAUUUGUUUAUCUAUGCGCCAGGUAAUCAAACAAAAAACAUCGUAUACCACAAAGCACUACAAUGAUAAUAAUAAUAAUUAUGAUUCACAUGAUUAACAAUAAAGCGAUUACUUA